CACAAACAGCAACGAUGCCAAAGGCCAAGAAGACGAGAAAGUUCGCUCAGGUGAAGCGAAUCAUCAACCCUAAGGACAUCAAGUCCGACAAGGAGAAGAAGAAGGAGCGCGAAGAAGCCGAAAAGAAAAAGCAACAAGAACUCAUCCGCGAAAUCCCGCAAGUCGCCUCCUCCCUCUUCCUCCAAUACAACACCUCCCUCGUCCCACCCUACCAAGUCCUCGUCGACACAAACUUCAUCAACUUCUCCAUCUCCAACAAACUCGACAUCAUCCCCUCCAUGAUGGACACCCUCUACGCCAAAGCAAUCCCAAUCAUCACAGACUGCGUGCUCGCCGAACUCGAAAAGCUCGGUCCUAAAUACCGUAUCGCGCUCCGUAUCGCGAAGGACCCGAGGUUCGAGAGAAUAAAGUGUAGUCAUAAGGGAACGUAUGCGGAUGAUUGCUUGGUGAAUCGGGUUAUGAUGCAUAAGUGUUAUAUUGUGGCGACGAAUGAUCAGGAUUUGAGGAGGAGGUUGAGGAAGAUUCCGGGUGUGCCGAUUAUGUUUGUGGGGAAUCAUAAGUAUCAGAUUGAGAGGUUGCCUGAUGCCGUGCACUGAGUCUGAGCUGCCGUCAGGCCGCGGGGACCGAUGGGUGGAGCAGGCAGGAGAGGGG